AUGGAUUUCCUGCUUCUCGGGCUCUGUCUAAACUGGCUGCUGAGGAAACCCCCGGGGUGGAUCGUGUGUGUGCUGGGUGUCGGCUUUCAGAUGCUCCCGGCGGCGCAGAGCGGGUGCCCGCAGCUGUGUCGGUGCGAGGGGCGACUGUUGUACUGUGAGUCACUGAACCUCACGGAGGCGCCCCACAACCUGUCUGGCAUGAUGGGCUUGUCUCUGCGGUACAACAGCCUCUCGGAGCUGCGUGAUGGACAGUUCACGGGGUUAAUGCAGCUCACGUGGCUCUAUCUGGAUCACAAUCACAUUUGCUCGGUGGAGGGGGACGCCUUUCAGAAGCUGCGGCGGGUGAAGGAGCUCACCCUGAGCUCCAACCAGAUCAGCCAGCUAGCCAACACCACGUUUCGGCCCAUGCCCAACCUGCGCAGCGUGGACCUGUCCUACAACAACCUGCAGGCGCUGGCGCCCGACCUCUUCCACGGGCUGCGGAAGCUCACCACGCUGCACAUGCGGGCCAACGCCAUCAAGUUCGUGCCCGUGCGCAUCUUCCAGGACUGCCGCAGCCUCAAGUUCCUCGACAUCGGCUACAACCAGCUCAAGAGCCUGGCGCGCAACUCCUUCGCCGGCCUCUUCAAGCUCACCGAGCUCCACCUGGAGCACAACGACUUGGUGAAGGUGAACCUGGCGCACUUCCCGCGCCUCGUCUCGCUGCACUCGCUGUGCCUGCGCCGCAACAAGGUGGCCAUCGUCGUCAACUCCCUGGACUGGGUGUGGAGGCUGGAGAAGCUCGACCUGUCGGGCAAUGAGAUCGAGUACAUGGAGCCGCACGCCUUCGAGGCCGUGCCCCACCUCGAGUCGCUACAGCUCGACUCCAACCGGCUCACCUACAUAGACCCCCGCAUCCUCAACUCCUGGAAGUCCCUGUCCAGCAUCACGCUAGCGGGCAACGUGUGGGACUGCGGGCGCAACGUGUGCGCCCUGGCCUCGUGGCUCAGCAACUUCAAGGGCCGCUACGACGGCAACCUGCUGUGCGCCAGCCCGGAGUACGCCCAGGGGGAGGAUGUCCUGGACGCCGUGUACGCCUUUCACCUGUGUGAGGACGCCUCGGCGGACCCCACCAGCGGCCACCUGCUCUCGGCCGUGACGAACCACAGCGACGGGGCCGCCCGCGCCAGUCCUGCCACCACCGUCUCCGCCGACGGGCUGCUGGAUGGGGAGGGAGCCAGGACGACGGAUGGCGUCGGGGGGGUCACGGUCCCUGUGGAGCACGCCGAGAAUGCCGUGCAGAUCCACAAGGUGGUGACGGGGACCAUGGCCCUCAUCUUCUCCUUCCUCAUCGUGGUGCUGGUUUUGUACGUGUCCUGGAAGUGUUUCCCAGCCAGCCUCAGGCAGCUGCGACAGUGUUUUGUGACACAACGCAGAAAGCAGAAGCAGAAACAGACUAUGCAUCAGAUGGCUGCCAUGUCAGCCCAGGAGUACUAUGUGGACUACAAGCCCAACCACAUUGAGGGCGCGCUGGUGAUCAUUAACGAGUACGGGUCCUGUUCCUGUCACCAGCAACCAGCCAGGGAAUGUGAGGUGUGA